CGCAAGGAAGCUGUGCGGUGCUGUGUUUGCUGCACUUGGCUUGUGCGGCUGACCGAGCUAGCCAUAUCGCAGCACUCGAUCGUGACUGUUGCCCCCUCUCGCCUUGUCCUCACGCCUGGCUUUUUCACGCAUCGUGCGCUGCACUCUGACUCGUGUGUCUGCGCCGCAUCUUGUUUGAUGCUUGAACAUCGGGAACGUAAGGCGGCUUUCAGAAGCACGGGUCGUGACUCUACAUCUCAUGCAUACGUAUCCUGCGCUCCUUUCUAAUCAUCUUCCUCACCGCUACCACCAACAGAGUCCACAGGUCCCCUUUCAACUCCCACCGCUUCCCUUCCCAAUCAUGUCGCUCAACAUUCCAGACAACCCCGCACCUUCGGGGUACGUUCCCCGUCCUGCCGACUACACUUCGGCCAUCGAGAAGGCUACUCUGCUGCUAUCAGAGCUCAGAGCUUCUUCGGAAUGGGAAGAUGCUGGAGAGAGGGAAGAGGUCAAGUUGACCAAGAUUGUCGAUCCUGCCGAUCCCUAUGCUGUGCCCACCACUAGAGGAGAGACGAUCGUGGAGAACGCUACGCCCGCAAAGGUGCUCGCAGCUCUCAUGUUGCCAGGUAUCCGCAAGAAGUGGGACCCUCGUCUAGAGGAAGGCUACCCCAUCGCUCGCUUUUCCCAGUCCUCUUACGAGCUGUACAGCGUGAUGAAGUCGCCCUCUUACUUCAUUUGGGCACGCGACAUUGCGGCGGUCCAAGAGUCUCAUUGGAAAGAUGGAAAUGUGGAGAUGAUCCAAGUCAGCGUGACGGACGAGGAAAAUUUGCCGGACGCCGGAAGUUAUGCAAAGAGCCGAACGCGCGCUACUGUGGACAUCUCGGGAUGGAACAUCGAACAGGAUGGCGACAAUGUCAAAUUGAGCUACAUCGUAAAGGUCCACUUGAACGGGAACAUUCCUACCUCGGUAGUGUCCAUGCUGGCCCAAGAGACGCCAAUGUGCGUCGGCAGAGUCCGAGAUGUCUUCUACCAGCACGGUUUCGUACCCUACGAGGUCAUGUCCGGACACAGCAAGGGAGAGUACCCAGAUCACAAGGUGGUUUCAGUGACUCAAGUGUUCGAGGACGGCGAUGGCACCGAGGCUACUGCAGGUGCUCGCAAGUGGACCGGUUCUUACCGCGGCGCCGAGCCGGACACUAUUCACAUUGCGUACGAUGGCGAACGUAUGUACAAGGAUGGAGUGAGCGUGACGAUCGGUGGAGAAGGCGCUUCGGCCGUUAGCUCGUCCGUGGACGAGGCCAAGAGCAUCAUUACCGUCACUGUGGGCGCCGAAGCGAAGGACAAGGACUUUACUGUCACUGUCGAGCCCAAGUGAUUGCCAAGCAUGGAUCAACUUAUCGAUCAUCUCUUGCACGGGUCCAGGGGGUCUUCUUGAGACUAAGACUUGACCCGUCUCGGAUCACUGGCACCUCUUAUUUCGUCUGACGAAUGAACAGCAAUCAAUGCCCUUGACGACCGCGG